AUGCGUCUGGCCUACUCAACCGCUGCCGUUCUCGUCGCUGUUUUCGCUUCCAGUCAUGCGAUGCCGACUGGUGUCAAUGCGAACGCUCUUCCCGAGUCCGACGUCUCUCCUGUGGCCCGCGUGACGGACGGCGGUGCCUACGACGCGGAUACGCAGAGGCUUCUGCGGGAGUCUUUUGACGACGAUGAUUCGGCGCUGGAUCUGAACCCUGAGGAGAGAAUCGACUCUACACGUAUAUCCGAAGCAGCGGCGCCGAUCACGGAAAAGAUCGCUUCAAAAGGCUGGCGUUUGGGCGCGGCGGACGCGUGGGCAGGGCAACAGGUCUUCAACUCGCACGCUCUUCAGUUUGCCAAGACGAACUACAAGCGCCUGUCAAAGCCGCUCGAGUGGUGGUAUAAGUUUUAUAAUUGGUUGCUCAAGAACCCUCUCUCUAAUAGGCUCCUAAAACCGCUUAAGGAUCACAAGGUCGACGGUAAAACGCUCCGUGACCACUACCAUGAAGCUUACUUGAAGUACGAGGAAAUCUACUCGGCACAGAAGCGCAUCGAUGAGUGGGGUACGGAGUACAUCGGCACAGCCCCGAAAGACUUGGAGGCGGCCCUGAAAAAAGUGGCCGGAAGUGAGCAGUAUAAAUUGAUCGAGACCAAUGUCAAUGCCGUCGUCAAGGACCUCAACAAACUCAAGUUCUACCGCCUGCAGCAAUUCGAACAAGUGGACGCUUGGACUGUGUUUAAAUUGGCGUGGACGAAGUUCGAAGCGGGGCGCAACAAAUUCAACGAGGACGUCCGUAAAGCGAGUGAGGAUUUCCAGAAAGUGAGCAAGAGCGAGGACGUCGCUGAAUUCAAGACGAUAUUUACAGAGCUUGCUCAACGUCUCGCAAAGAUAGACGAAGGCGAUUUCCUGAAAAUUGCACGGGUGAAAAAACCCGAGGCCGCAGCUAGUCCGACGGUAAAUCUGCCAGAACCUCUUCCCGGUAGCCCGCUUGGAACACCUGGGACGCCCAAAGACAGCAACCCCAAGGUCGAGUAG